GGCAACCAUUACGACAUGCGCAAAACGUUGGGAAUUUCAACCCCUCGCAAAUGCAUGUGUCGGCCGCUUCUGCUGCAGUGAUGGUGAAAAACCACGAAAAUCUUCUCAUGAGUUCCACGCUGUGGACGACCGGUGUCAGGCGACCCAUGUGUUCGGUUCCCAGCCGCUGGGACCCAGGACUUAUCAGACCCGGGCGGCCGCCGAAGAGGGCCACGGUCGGCCUGUCCAUCGCGGCGUCGCACCUCAGCCACCACCACCAGCUCAAGAAGCACCGGCUGGACAACGGCGAGUACCCCGGCUACGAGAACGGCCACAUGGGAGACCCGCCGCGCAUGGAGAAGUCGCCGCUGCUCGCCAACGGCUACAACCACCCGCCCACGCACCUCAACCACAUGCAGUUCAUGGGGCUGAACCACCACCCGGCGGCCGCGCACACGGCCAUCCUGUCGCCGGCCGGCAUGCCCCACCCGGGGCUGGCGCGCGCCGACGGCUCCAUCAUCAAGAACCAGGGCAUCCCGGGCAUGGAGGCCAUCGCCAGGUCUGGCAUCUGGGAGAACUGUCGUGCCGCGUACGAAGACAUCGUGAAGCACUUAGAAAGGCUACGAGAGGAGAGAGGGGAAGCUGAGAGAGCGCUGGUUUUGGACCACAAAGUGAGAGACCUCAGCUCCCACAACGACUGGCGUUGGCAUGCCGCAGGCUCGUCGAACGGGCCGAGCCCCGUGCUGAACCUGUCCAAGUCGGGCGGCGGCUCGGGCGGCGAGCAGUCGGGCAGCGAGGCGGGCCACACGGGGCCGGACGACGACGAGGAGGACGACAACGCGAGCGACGUGGACGAGGAGGACGACAAGGACCAAGACCUGAGCGACGCCCCCGACCUGGGGGCGGGCAGCGCCCCCGGCAGCGACUCGCAGCACGCGCUCAACUACUCGACGCUGGCGGCGGCGGCGGCGGCGGGCGGCCAGGUGGUGGGUCCCGGCGGCAUGGUGGACCCCAGCCUGUCGUCCACCGAGACGCUGCUGAGGAACAUCCAGGGCCUGCUCAAGGUCGCCGCCGACAACGCGCGCCAGCAGGAGCGCCAGAUCAGCUACGAGAAGACCGAGCUGAAGAUGGACGUGCUGCGGGAGAGGGAGGUGAAGGAGAGUCUGGAGAGGCAGCUCCUCGACGAGCAGAAGAUACGAGUGCUGUACCAGAAGCGGCUGAAGAAGGAGCGCAAGGCCCGCCGGAGGCUGCAGGAGCAACUGGAGCUGGAGAUGAAGAGGCGCUCCCAGUUGGAGGAAGCCCUUAAAGCCAGCGGCGCCCCUCCUGACGCGCUGCGGAUGCUCAACGAGAGCGCCGGAGAGCACCGCGUCACGAGCGACCAAUCGGAGAGCCCGUACCCCCGCCAGCCGGCCAGCCACGUGGCAGAGCCGCCUAGCGAGAAGCAGUGGAACUACUCCGGACUGGACCUCAUGGGCUCCGGGGCAGCGUUCUGGCAGAACUACUCCGAGUCGCUGGCCCAGGAGCUGGAGCUGGAGAGGAAGUCGCGCCAGCAGCAGCAGCAGCAGCAACAACAACAGCAGCAGCAGCAGCAACAGCAGCAGCAGUCGGAGCGGGAGGUCAAGUCGCCGCUCCAAGAGUCCCGAGCCGGCUACUACAAGAACUCUGUGCUCUUCACCAGCGCCACCUAGUCGAGUGGUCACGUGAUCUGCGGCCUGCGCGCCGGAGAUGCGCAGCAGCACCACGCGCCGGCCCAACCGAUCUCAUUUCGACAGGCGUAGCUCUUGUCCUCGUGGGCCGAGGCGGCUGCGCUCCGGGGCGAAAACACAAAACAAACGAACCAAAAACAACUGUUCUUCGAACCGAGAGAACGAAAAUCGAGCGUAUUGUUUUAAACACCGUCCCGCUUUAUGGACAUCGCAUUUUUUUUUCUCUCUCUCUUUCUCUCUUUUUCGCAAAAACGAGCAUUUGCCACUCCUCCAGGAAAUGCAGGAAUUUCUUCGAAGCGAGUUACGCAAGAAAAUAACGAUGAAGUGUAAAAAUAAAUGUUGAUGAUAACACGCAUGUUCUUUUGUAUUAAUGUGUAUAGUUUUGUUCUCCGUGUUCGGAACACCCAUCAGUGUUCGUUUCAAGCGCCGAAGCUAAAGAGAAGACUUCGUCAGUGCUUGAAGCAGUUGUAUAAGAUAUUUAUUAAGAGAGAUGGAAACGAAAACGUCCCUGUGGAAUGUUUUUAAGUACUUUGGCACACGACGCAAAAAGACGAAAGAGUUUCGGCGUAGUGCUAGUGUAUUGAGUGUUUUAUCUGUGGAACUGUCAGCACCGUGAAAUAAUUUAGAAAAGAAGCAGUAUCUGUAGAAACUUUACACUAUUAUUAAGGUUUAAAAUGAUUAUUGAUAACGUUUAAAUCUUCAUCAAGCUGUAGGAAAGGUUGUUGCAUAUGAAUAUAUUAUAUGGUUAAUUGGACUAAUUAUGUUGUUUCUUUGGAUGGAGAAAGUGUUGAUGGUUCCCGACUCACCGGUGUUUACAAAACUUCGCUUGCGGAGUUUGAAUCAAAUUCGAGGACGGUUUUGUGAAGUAACAGAAGGAGAUGAUUUUCGGUCCGUCAGAAACGAGCUACAUAUCCGAUGACUUGUAGUGCUGAUUUAAAUUCAGUUUUAUGAGAUGUCCUACCAAUGGACACUUUCAUAACUGCUUAGCGGAGGAAAUGUGACGACCGUAUAUGCUGAGGCAUGUGUAGAAUUUUGUGCGCACCCCGAAGCGACGUGUGAAAUACAGACAUGUCGGCAUUCCGUUGGCGUUUCUUCCGAAACGACAGAUGCAUCUGAAACGUAACAUCUCAAAAAUUUUCUCUCAUGGCUGGCGACAUAUUUCUUCUUUUAGAAGAUUUGUGGCGGAUUCGGGAGAUUCUGAAUCAGUGACGUGCAUGGUUAUUGUAUCAAAUUUGGGAAGAACAGUUUAAACCCAGAACUGAAACAAUUGUGUGUCUGAACUUCUGAAAGGGGUACUUGCAAAAAAGACAGUUCUUUCAAGGGUCGUUAAAUGUGUGGUCUCCACAAAGAUAUCAUGUUGUGAGGAAAUAUUAGAUGAACUUAUUUGUCCUCUCACUAUAGCAGUUUCGUAGUUCUUAUACAGAUACACAUUUUCUCAGUAAACACUAAGCGAAAUAUCAAAUAAAAAGAUUAACUUUUAACGUGUUUUAGAGUUUGAUAAGGAAACCCCUGUCGCAAAUCCAGUAUAGCUAUUUCAAAUUCCAUUAGCAGUGUUUGAACCUUCCAUACGUGAGAAUGCGAAGUUUGUUGAAACAGUGCUGUGUUUGUAUACGUUAAUAAUUAUUUCAGAGACUACAGCACUGAGUUCAUUUCUUUCCGACAGCGAGAUUUUGUGAGAAAUGAAAGUGUAAGUUAUUUCUAACAAUGCAAUUUUAAUAUUUGAAGGUCCUAUGAUUUUGUUCGGCUGAUGUAUUACGUUUUUAAUAUCUAUGCUAAUUUAAGUGUAUAGUUUUAUUGGUAUUCAAAUUCUAAAUUGUAAACUUUUUAGAAAUUUUGUUGUUAAGAAUCGAUGUAAGCUAUGACAUGCUUAUGCACAUGUUGAAAUGACUAAGAAUAUGUGAAGGUUUUUUAUCUUGAAAAUUUAAGGGGAAUACAUGCUAACGAGUUUUUCAUGUAUGAACUAUUUAUAAAAAGAAUGUUAAAAUUUUUAACACUGAACAAUGUGUAAUUUGUGUUUAAUAAAUGUAAACAAAUUGUGAUGCUAAUACGUAUUGCAUGUGUGCUAUUACAGUAUAAUUGCUCUUGUUAUUAUAAUUAUUUAUUGCAAAGUAUAACAACCCUUUCCUUAACAUGUCUGUUAAAGUACACGUGUAGUCAAGUUCUCAUUCAAUUUGUUGGAGAUAUGUGAACGAAGGUUAAUCGUCUUCGCAGUGUAUAUAGUAGUGUAGCUAGACGAUUAUUUCUUAAUGGGAGCUUUUCUUAAUCAUUGCUCCAUUUUUGUUUUAACUCCACUUGCUUGGUAGAUAUAUAUGUAGAUUUUUGCAAGUUUGGAUGUCGAAGGCACAUCGUGCCAAAUAUCACAGCGAGAAAACAACCAAAAUGUAACUUUGUGCCAUCUUUUGUAGUCCUUCGUUCACAAAUCUUGGAAAGAUUUUUCUGACAGUGUUAUUUAAUAAUGAAACUAAACAUUCAAAAUACAAAAAAAAUGACCGGUAUUUUUUUGUAACUGUAUAUUUGUGUGUGCCUUGUAUAGUAGAGAGAAUACAAAAAAUAAUACUAAUUAAAAUCUCCAAAAAUACAGGCA